AUGGAUCCAGAAAAGUUUGUUAACUUGUUACUUGAUCGCAUUGAAACAAAAGCAAACUUUCCAUCAUAUUAUUCAAAUUUUCAUUUAUAUUUAAAACCUUGGAGCUUCAAUUCUUAUUAUGAUGUCCUUUUCGCGUAUAUUUUAUCCGAUAAAAUUGCCCCCAAUGGAGAUCUUAUGUUCAAUGGAACUUUCCUAACACAUUUACUGAUAAAAAGACUUGGUAAUUCUAUUAAUCACAAAGCUUACACACCAAUAUUAAGAUUCUUUAAUGAAUUAGAACCUCAAUCAAAUAUCUUCCCUCUUAGACCUUGCAUUUUAAUGUUAAUUAUUCAAAUUUUCCAUGAAAGUAGAGUUUUUGGACACAUUAUGCAAUGGAUUUUAUCAUUUAUAAGUGAAGAGGCAACAUGGUUAUUAUUACAAGAGGAUAAUCAAGAAAAUGAUUCAUCAAAAUCUGAAAAUAUUUCUUCUUUUCUUUCUGAACAAUUUAGCAAGUUAUCAAGAACUUUAAUGUAUGAUAACCUUGAACUUUCAAAAAUAAUUGAAGGAUUCUCCAAAUUUACAAAUAUUAAAUGGAAAAUUAGAUUCACUGAAGAAGAAAUUAUCGUUGAUCUAAAAUUUCGUGGAUGCCAGAAUAUUCUUGAAUAUAUAAUUAUUCAUCCAUCAGAACAUAGAUCUCUUGUAAAUGAGAUUAGAAAGUUACUUGAACCAGAUGAUUUUAUAAAUUUUCGACCAAUAUUCAUUCUAUUUAAAAUUUAUCAUUUCGAAUUUCCUCAUCAAAUCGAACCCUUAAUUAAUCAACUAAGGAUAUCUCAAUUACUCACAUAUAAAGAAAUCAAAUUGAUGGCUAUGGAUUCAUUUUUGGAGAAACUGAUACACAAUGAUAUCACCGUUAUUUAUCUGGAUCAUCUUGAGGUGUUAAAAUUGGAACUUAAAAAAUGUCUUGAACUCAAGCAGUUGAUCGAAAUCGCAGAAUUAGUUGUCAAUGUUCCUUUCAGGUUUAUGACUCGAAUAUUGCUUGCAUUGACAUUUAUUCACCAAUUUUGUAUUAAAUCAAUAAACAAUUCUUCCAAG